GCAAUCGUGUCUGUAUGGUGGCGCGGAGUGACCCUCUCCGGCAACAAGUGCUCACAGCAUGAGCCAGGCCCUGUGCUAAAUGCCUCAUUCAUUCAUUCAUCCAUGUGCCAAAUGUCUCAAUCAUGCAUUCAUUCUUGUGCCUGGUGUUGGGCUGUGUGCAUGUGUGUGUGCAUGUGUGCGUGUGGGGGGGGGGGGAUUUGGGUGUGACUGACACAUGAGUGUGCACGUGGGUUGGUGUGUAUGGCUGUGUCUACAUGUGUGGUAGAUUCACGUGGCGAGUGGAGUGUGACAUGUUGUUGAGACCUACUCUGAUGUGCUUAUCUGCCAACUGUGAAAUGAAAUAGAAGACAGGGAGGCUUCGUAUGUGUACUUUGUGUACAACAAUGCGCGGUUCCUACAGGAGGUGUCCAUGGAUCUCCCUCUCUGUCUGUCUCUCUCUCUGUCUCUGUCAUCGUCUUCUCACGCCACUUUCUCCAUCUCUUUUCCCUCCCAGCCAGACCCUGCCGUCUCUCCCUCUGGGUCCUCCUGCCCGCAUGUCAGGAAUCUCUGCCUGGACGGGGUCCUCACUCCCCACCGAGGCAGCUCCAGGGGACCUGGAGGGCUUAAAGCGUGGGGGCUCAGACACCUGGGGACCACAGUAUGAUGAGCUGCCGCACUACCCAGGCAUCGUGGAUGGCCCCGCAGCCCUGGCUGGCUUCCCAGAGGCAGUGACCGCAGUACCAGGGCCCUAUGGCCCGCACCGGCCUCCCCAGCCCCUGCCCCCAGGCUUGGACAGCGACGGCCUGAAGAGGGAGAAGGAUGAGAUCUAUGGACACCCGCUCUUCCCCCUCUUGGCCCUGGUCUUUGAGAAAUGUGAACUGGCUACAUGCUCUCCCCGUGACGGGGCCGGAGCUGGGCUGGGGACACCCCAUGGAGGUGACGUCUGCUCCUCUGAUUCCUUCAAUGAGGACAUCGCUGCCUUUGCCAAGCAGGUUCGCUCUGAGAGGCCCCUCUUCUCCUCCAACCCAGAACUGGACAAUCUGAUGAUCCAGGCCAUCCAAGUGCUGCGGUUCCACCUGCUGGAGCUGGAGAAGGGAAAGAUGCCCAUCGACCUGGUCAUCGAGGAUCGGGACGGCGGCUACAGGGAGGACUUCGAGGACUACCCAGCCUCCUGCCCCAGCCUCCCAGACCAGAAUAAUAUGUGGAUUCGAGACCAUGAGGAUAGUGGGUCUGUACAUUUGGGGACCCCAGGUCCAUCCAGUGGGGGCCUGGCCUCCCAGAGUGGGGACAACUCCAGUGACCAAGGAGACGGGCUGGACACCAGCGUGGCCUCUCCCAGUUCUGGUGGAGAAGAUGAGGACUUGGACCAGGAGCGACGGCGAAACAAGAAGAGGGGGAUCUUCCCCAAGGUGGCCACCAACAUCAUGCGAGCCUGGUUGUUCCAGCACCUCUCGGCGGGGGCUGGCAGGCAUGUAAUUGCCCCAAGCCUGAGGCUCCCUUGGUCUCCAUCCCGGGGAGCGCAGAGACGCUCAGACGCGCCGGUUCUCCCAGACGUCUGCCUGGGCCUGGGCUCCCCAUCCCCCGGACCCCGGUGGGCCAGACCUUGGGGUUCAGACUGCGGCCGGCCAGGCAGGCAGAGUGACUCUUGCUGGUGGCCGCAGCACCCGUACCCCUCGGAGGAGCAGAAGAAACAGCUGGCGCAGGACACGGGGCUCACCAUCUUGCAAGUCAACAACUGGUUCAUUAACGCCCGGAGACGCAUCGUGCAACCUAUGAUCGAUCAAUCCAACCGCACAGGGCAGGGUGCAGCCUUCAGCCCGGAGGGCCAGCCCAUCGGGGGCUAUACCGAGACGCAGCCACACGUGGCCGUCCGGCCUCCGGGAUCAGUGGGGAUGAGUUUGAACUUGGAAGGAGAAUGGCAUUAUCUAUAGAGGCUGAUGCAGGAGAGACCCAGCCUCCGGCUGUGACCCCCAGCGUUACACCUGCCUCUGGUUCCCGCCUGGUCCUCCAGCUUCAGGACCCCACCUCCAAAGGCCCCUCUGCUCAACGCCUACCUCCCUAGGGCCCUGCUGGGACAUGGGGGCCUGAGUGCCCAUCCAAGGGCUCUCAAGGACACCGGCAAGGCCUCCAGGCCCUGAGCCCCACUUCUGCCUUCACCUCUGCCUGGGACCCGAGCUGGGCUCCUGGGCCUUGGUCCCCAGAAGAUGGCGGCUAGGGCCUCGCCGCCAGGACAGAGAAGGGACGGGGUGGCUGGGCAGUCAGGGAAGGAGGGUCGCCCGGAUCCGACAUUUUGGAGAGAUUCCUUCACCCUCCUGUCCCCCCUACCUCCCUUCUCUAAUUGCUUCUUUUUUUUAAUGAUAAAGUCUUAAAAACACGGA